AUGUGUCGAAUUCUUAAGAAGCUCAGACACUUUAACAUCUCAGUUGUCAUUUGUGUACAGACAGCCAAGAGUUUAAGUAAGGAUGUAAAGAGAAUACUUACUGACAUUGUACUUUUCCCCGGAUUGUCCGAAGACGAUUUCAUGGAACUUAUGAAAGAGUCCAUGGCAGGUAAGUUUGACAGACAUGAACUAUGGGAGAAGUACAAAGUCAUACAAGACCCUCAUACUUCUUUCAGAAUUCACAUCUACGCAAACAAAGUUCAAAUUGUAAAAAGUCAAGCGUAA